AUGUCCAAUCUAUUUAGUUUCAAGCCACCGGCCUCGUCGGGAGCUCCAAGUGGUGGUAUGUUUGGGUCUGCUGGUGCCACGUCGAAUACUGGAUCUAGCGGCGGCGGUCUCUUUGGAAAUGUAGGAACAAGCGGCACUUCUUCGCCGUCCUUUGGCGCUACCUCCGGCCCUGGCCAAAUUUCUUCUCCAUUUGGUGCUGGCUCCGGCAGCGGUAGCGGUGCUCCCACAUUUAGCUUUGGAAAUUCGGCGGCCGGCGCGACUUCCGGUACACAAUCGCCGUCUCUGUUUGCUACUGGAUCACAAACACCUAACAAACCGACGGAGACACCCGCACCAGGCUCAACCGCGCCCGGCGGAUUAUUUGGCGGAGCUAGCAAGCCUGCUGGAAGUGGUCUUUUUGGAACCGCUGCGGCAACUCCUGCGUCGUCUGGCACAGGCUCACUCUUCGGCGCCCAAUCCUCAACUACCCCUGCCGGUCCUCCGCCACAAGGAAACACUCCAGCCCAGGGGCAAUCUCUCUUCGGGCAGCAGAAACCUGGAGGACUUUUCGGAACAGCCACAACCUCAUCGGGAUCCCAGCCUUCUUCUACGGCUCCCUCUACGUCAACCCCGCCACUAUUUGGAGGUGCUGGGCAGUCUACUGGGAGCAGCCUUCUUAAACCAACUACACAGCAAACGCCCGGGGGUGCUCCGUCUUCCACCGCUGCUGGUGGCGGCUUAUUUGGAAAUAUGGGUGCAAGCAAGCCAGCUGAGUCAACGGCGACAACGACAAGUGCGGACAGUACCGCGAAGCCACUCUUUGGAACCGCACCUUCCUCUGGCACACAAACGUCCACGCUUUUCGCGCCAGCAUCAUCUGGUGCGGAUUCUGCGCCGAAGCCCGCUUUCCCUUCUCUCAACAAUACAUCAAAUACUCAGACCGCCGCAUCUACUGCUACUCCGCAAAAGCCUCUUUUCUCCCUUGGCGGGCCUGCAUCGUCCGCCACCCCUUCAUCGACCCCAGCUGCUGCCCCUUCUGGUGGCUUAUUUGGCGGUCUUGGUGCUUCGAAGCCUGCGGAGACUUCGACCACGCAGCCUGCAGCCCCUACAGGGGGGUUGUUUAACAAGCUCGCCGAGACUACGACCACCCAACCUCCAAGCACAUCUGCAACCACAACCACAACCGGUACUGACACCAAGCCAUCGCUGACUGCGACGUCCGGAACUACCACUACAUCUACCCCCGCCACAACCACUGGCUUGGGCAGCACCACGGCAACUGGAGCUCCCGCUCUCGGCGCGUCGACUGCUGGUCCAGUUCCCCCAGCUCAAUCGCGCCUGAAGAAUAAGACAAUGGAUGAAAUCAUCACUCGAUGGGCGACUGACUUGACUAAGUACCAGAAGGAUUUCCGGGAACAGGCCGAGAAGGUUGCCGAAUGGGAUAGGAUGCUUGUCGAAAAUGGUACCAAGGUGCAGAAACUGUACGGCAGUACUGUGGAUGCCGAGCGUGCCACGCAGGAAGUCGAACGCCAGCUUGCAUCUGUUGAGGGACAGCAAGACGAACUGACCUCGUGGCUCGAUCGCUACGAGCGCGAAGUCGAUGAAAUGAUGUCCAAGCAAGUGGGCCCUGGCGAGGCUCUUCAAGGUCCUGAUCAGGAACGUGAGCGGACUUACAAACUCGCUGAAAAACUUUCCGAACGUCUUGACGACAUGGGAAAAGACCUCACCAGUAUGAUCGAAGAAGUCAACAGUGCCUCGUCUACGCUGAGCAAGACAAACAAGGCCGACGAACCGAUCUCUCAAAUCGUUCGCAUCCUCAACUCGCAUCUCUCUCAGUUGCAGACCAUCGACGUGGGUACCACUGAACUGCAGGACAAGGUUGCUGCUGCUCAGAAAGCCGGGCAGUCGGUAUCCGCACGCUUCGGGCACGGGUACAGUAUGUCAGGCGUUGGGAAUGGAAGUGCUGCGGAUGACUUUUACCGCUCUUAUAUGGGACGUCGGUAA